UCAAUGUUACCUGAAUUCGGUGAAAGUGAUGCAGAGAGAUAUGAAAAACUAGAAAAAAUAGGGAGUGGAACCUAUGGAGUUGUUUAUAAAGCAUUGGAUAAAUUAAAUGGAUAAAUUGUAGCUGUUAAAAAAAUGACCUAAGAAGUAUUGAAAAUCCGCCAAAUCAUUAGUUAGAGCAAGAAGGUGUGCCUUCAACUGCCAUUAGAGAGAUUAGUUUACUCAGAGAGCUCAACAAUCCACAUAUCGUUUAAUUAAAGGACGUAGUUAUUAGAAAUAAGAAACUUUAACUAGUCUUUGAAUAUAUGGAAAGAGACCUUAAAGCACUUUUGGAUAGUUCUCCAAAAGAUCAAUCUCUCGAUAAAAUUACCAUUAAAAAAAUAAUCCAUUAAAUAUUGAAGGGAAUUUAAGCAUGUCAUCAAAGACGCAUUUUACAUAGAGAUCUUAAACCCUAAAAUAUUUUAAUUGAUAAAUAAGGUAUUCCAAAUUCAAAUCAUUAUAGGCAAUACAAAAAUAGCUGAUUUUGGUUUAGCUAGACCUUUCUAAGUUCCAAUAAGACCUUAUACACAUGAAGUUGUAACUUUAUGGUAUAGAGCACCUGAAGUAUUAUUGGGAGCUGUUGAAUAUAGUACUCCAGUAGAUAUAUGGUCAGUUGGAUGCAUCUUCUAUGAAUUAAUUACAAAAAAAGCACUUUUCACAGGAGAUUCUGAAAUUGAUUAAUUAUUUAGAAUUUUUAGAAUACUAGGUACUCCAAAUGAAAAUACAUGGCCAGUAUUAUUAAAAAUUCUAUUUAUCUAGGGUGUAACUAAUUUGAAGGAUUACAAAACUACAUUUCCUAAUUGGAGUCCUUAAGGAUUUAAAUAAUUAUUAAAUAGAGAUGUAGAUUAAUUAGCUAUUGAUUUAUUGACUAGAAUGCUUAAAUUGGAUCCUACUCAAAGAAUUAGUGCUAAAUAGGCACUUAAUCAUGUAAAUAAUUAAAAAUAUUAUAAGUAAUACUUUUAAGAAUUUCAAGUCAAACCAAUUCCCAAGAAAUCAGAUUAUUAAUCCUUAAUUAAAUUUCCAUGAAUUUAUUAUAUCAUAUUAUUUUAUGUCAGAAAGGUCUUUAUCUCCACCAGAUUAUCAUGAAUUAAAACAUGCAAAAUCAAUCAUGGUCAUUAAAACUUCAUUUAAAAAGAGAAGAUCAAUUUGUUUUAAAACCAAUCAAAAAUUGUAAUUGGAAUUAAACAGAUGUAAUCUAUCUUGUGAAUGUUCAAAUUGUGGUAAACCUAUAGGGUUUUAAUUAAAGAUUCAUGGAGAAUUACCUCUCAAAGAAACUCGGUAAUAAUUCUUUCUAUUAUAUUAGUUAUUAGAAAAAGAAAAGAGUCUUGAAAAGAUUCAAAGCUAUUGGAAAUGCUAUUAUUUUCAUUCUUCUCUAUAAAUUAGAGGCUAUAAAAAAGUGGAAAAAGAAAAUGUAUCUUCUUAAAGCAGCCAGAAACUUAACUAUUAUAAGAAGACCUGCAGUACUACAAUCAGUUCAUUUAUUACCAAAUCUUUAACCAAUGAAAUAACCAAUCAAGUACUUUUUACUUUUUGAAAGAACGAAAUAAUUAUCUAUUACAUCAAUAUCCAUUCAAGCAUUCCCAUGAAUCCUCAAAAAGUUAAAUAAAUGAGAUUUCUCAUGCAAUUCACACUCAACAAACUUCAAGUAAUCCAAAAGAACUAAGACCUUUUGAUCCAUCUCCAGCAAGACCUAGAUCACGUAUAUAAAUUGAUAAUCAAGGUAAGAAUCAUUCUUAAAUAUAGGAUUGUCAAAUCAUGAAAUUUAAUAAUUAUCUGAGUAGUAAUAAAUAUAAAAGAGUAAAGAAACUUAAAUAGAAUUAAAGAGAUUAGCAAGAUCGAAAGCAUUGUAGAAAACAGUUGAAGUAUGUUCAUGCAAAUCAUAAAAUAUCUUAUAGAAUAGUUAAGAUGAGGAAAUAUUAUUGAAUGAAUCUUAACAAAAUCCAUUCUAUUAAUCAUAUUAAAAAGGACCAAGAAAAAGUUAGAUUUAAUAAUACUUAGAGAAAAUGUUGAAGAAUGUAGAAUGUAAUAAUUUAUAUACAUAGAUUUAGAAAAACAAGUGAUUAUCAAAAAAGAUAAUAAUUUUAAACCAUUAAAUAUUUUAAAUGAAGAAAUAAAUAAAUCAAAAAUUAAAUUUCAUUUCCGAUCAAAUUCUUAAUUGUCUUUGACUAAUUAUUAGUCUUAAUUUGUACCAUAUUAUGAAUAAAUAAGAACUACAACUAAUAGUUCUUAUUAUAAUAAUAAAAAGGAUUGUCUUAAAUUAAUAGAUCUUAUGAAAAACAAGAAUAAAUUUAUUAAAAUAAAGAAAUGA